AUGGCCUUGUGGUCCAAGACAAAGUCGCAGUCCAAGGCAGGCUUCGACAAAGUCUACUCUUGGGUCGACAAGCUCGGAGCGCCUGUCAAUCGAUUGUCUAACAAAGUCGGCUCCGAAGCAUUCUGGCCAACCACUCUAGACAUUGAGUCAGACAAGGCUGCGAGGAUUUUGAAGAGUUUCUGCAAGGAUGGCUUCUACCAAGAAGAAGACCGCCCGACCGUCGAUGCGCCAAAAGGAAAGCAAAAGGUGCUCAAGAAGAUACCGGCCAAAGUGAUUCAGAAUGCAAAAGGCCUCUGUAUCUUCACGACGAUGCGCACCGGCUUUUGGGUGUCUGGAUCAGGUGGCGCUGGUAUCUUGGUCGCCCGAUUGCCUGAUGGCUCAUGGUCCCCUCCCUCUGGAAUCAUGAUGCAUACCGUUGGCGUGGGUUUCUUGCUCGGCGUAGAUAUUUACGACUGUGUCAUCGUGAUCAACUCGGACAAGGCCAUGGAGGCCUUCGAGUCCGUCAGAUGCACGUUGGGAGGAGAAAUCAGCGCAGUGGCUGGCCCGGUCGGAGUGGGUGGCAUACUCGACACGGAACUGCACAAGCGACAGUCACCAAUCUUCACAUAUAUCAAAUCACGCGGAUUCUAUGCCGGAUUGCAGCUCGACGGAACCGUUGUCAUCGAACGAACAGACGAGAACGAGCGCUUUUACGGGGAGCGCAUUGGCGUCAAAGACAUCCUCGCCGGCAAAGCCCGACAUCCUCCGUACGAAAUCAGACGACUCAUGGAAACACUGAGGGCGGCGCAAGGAGACACAGACAUUGAUGAAUCUCUCAUACCCGACGAAGCCUCGCCCGCAGAUUUCGACGUCAUGGCACCUGGGAGUGAGCCUUUUGGGAUUCCAGAUGCUGCAGAUCCCGACCCCUAUGGUGUACUGGCACUACAAGAAGCAGGACUUGAGAUUCGAGAGGCAGGAACGCACAGUCGACCUACAAGCGAGCAGUUCGAAUUCAAGCCCAGCCCUACCAGUCCAAUCUACAACACUUUUAGAAACUCGACGUUCCGACGAAGCAUAGACGCAAGCAUUACUGGUAGCCGGCGCUCAAGUUGGCGAACUAGCACGAUGAGCAGCAUCCGAGAAUAUCGAGCACCAAGUAUCAUGAUUGAUACAAGCACGCAGACAGACGAUAUUCCUCCUCCACCUGCAAAGAAAUCACCACCUACACUACCACCAAGGGAAAACGCGGCACCACCACCUGCACUACCACCAAGGGAAAACAUGGCACGAACACCCACGCCUCCCAUGGCUCAGAUACCUGAGACGAGAGUAGAAGAGCCUACUCCACAGAAGCAACCCAUCAGACAGCCAGCCGAGGAGGAGAAUUCCAAGGUGGAACAGUCGCACGAGGAUCAAGAGACUUCCAAGAGGGAAGAGUCGCCAAAAGAAGAGGCGACGACUGACGCCAGCAUGGCUCCCGCGACACAAGAGCCAGAAUCCAAAGACGACGAAGACAGUUCCGAGGAUUCCGAGGAUUCCGAGGAUGAAGAAGAAGAAGAAGAUUCUGAAGAAGAAUCCGUCAUCAUCCACCAGGUUCACCAAGCGGCUGCACCCCAGGUUGUCAAUCGCCCACGUGUCGUGCAGGUUGCCAAGGUCGCACCUCCGCAACUACCGGUCCGAAGCCCAUUCCGUAAUCGCAUGUCGACUCACUCUGACGCAUCACUUGAUGCAUCCCGUGAUGCGUCAUCCACUGCUGCCUCGCCUACCAAGCCAAGGCACAGCCCAGAGUCAACGCCGUCCCUUGUACGUGGUGACUCGACCUCUUCGCUGUCUUCGGUGGAAGGUGCCAGACUCGAGCCCGAGGACAUGAAGACGAAGGAAGAGAUGUCUGAGAAGAAGGAGGAGCACGAGGGCCACUUCGACUCCCUUCCGGUUACUCCGAUGAAGCAUGUUCCUGGAGGCUUCGUCUGA